UAGGCUGUGCUUGACUAGCAGCAACAGCAUCAUCCCCCCCCCCCACAAGUGAUGCCUUUUUUUUCUUUUUUUUUUUCUCACACUGAGCAAUACAGGUAACGCCGCCCGUUGCCACUGCAACAAUGUCUAGGCUGUGUGUGGGGCUCGUGGUGUCUGAGCAGAGUUAAGAGGAAAAGCGGAGAGGACAUCUGUGGCUGGUUUCUGUCAUCUGGAUGGGAAGUGCUUUUUGGCAAAAGAGGGAGAAGAAAGCAGAAGGCAGCCGAGGAAGGGGAACAACUGGCAACAGCCAAUCCCCCCUUCCACUCACAGACUGGAGACAACGGAGGCCACUGGAAGUGGCAGACGUAAGAGAAACAAGACUCUCUGAGCAUCUUUUCCAAGGAAGAGAAGUGACGCUGCUCCAGUGGAGUGCAAUUACCUCAACAUUGAUGCUUUACCCUCUUGACCAUCUGAGGAUUUUACCUAAAACGGCUCCUCCCUCAGUCUGAGGCUAUGACAGGGAGAGAGGAGUCCCAGGCCGCACCACCAUGCUACUUCUGAGAAGCUGGGAUGAGACUCUGGCUGGCAAAACACGAGGUAUUUCUCUCCCAAGCCUACAUUAUGCCUGUCCGUGGACACUGCAGCUCUUCCCCACCUUGUCAAAAUGCUGGGGCUCACUACUCCCCUCGAGUGGUUGCUCAGGGGCACCAAGGAGUUCGGACUCUUCAUCCACCCCCACCUCCAUCGGUUCACCGCACAACGGGCACUUCUUUAUGUCUGCCCCUUCUUUUUCUGCUGCUCUGUCUUCUCCACCUACCUCCACCCUGUCACUCACGGAGAGAAAAGGGCGGAGGAGGCGGUGGCAGUCAUUACAUGCCAAUCCCACAGCCGCCGCCACACCACAUGGCCCUGCCUAAUAUCCUAAGUGGUCUAAGCAUUGCUGUCGUGCUGGUGGGCAACUCCAGUGAGAUGGCACUGGCAGGGGCCAGAGAGAAGGAGGACUUUCUCCACAUAGCUCCUAAUGUGGAGUUACUGACCAUGAACGAAACUGACCCUAAAAGCAUCAUUAAAAGCAUCUGUGACCUGAUGACGGAGCACUGGCUACAGGGUGUCGUGUUUGGAGAUGACACAGACCAGGAAGCCAUCGCUCAGAUCCUGGACUUCAUUUCAGCCCAAACCCACAUUCCCAUUCUUGGAGUACGUGGAGGCUCUUCGAUGAUCAUGGCUGCCAAGGACGACAACUCCAUGUUCUUUCAGUUUGGCCCCUCCAUCGAGCAGCAGGCGUCUGUCAUACUAAAUAUCAUGGAGGAGUAUGACUGGUACAUCUUCUCCAUCGUCACAACGUACUACCCCGGUUAUCAGGACUUUGUUACUAAGAUACGAAACACCAUUGAGAACAGCUUUGUUGGCUGGGAGAUGGAGGAAGUUCUUCUGCUGGACAUGUCCGUGGAUGAUGGCGACUCAAAGAUCCAGAACCAGCUGAAGAAACUCCAGAGCCCCGUGAUUCUUCUCUAUUGCACAAAAGAAGAGGCCAACACCAUCUUCGAGGUGGCCCACUCUGUUGGGAUCACUGGUUAUGGCUACACUUGGAUUGUCCCCUCGCUGGUAGCUGGAGACACUGUUGUAGUGCCUGCAGAGUUUCCUACAGGUCUGCUCUCCGUAUCCUACGACGAGUGGGACUAUGGUCUGGAAGCCCGUGUUCGGGAUGGUGUGGCCAUCAUCACCAUGGCAACUUCCACGAUGAUGAUGGACCGUGGACCUCAUACGUUGCUGAAAUCAGAAUGCCAUGGAGCUCCAGAGAAGAAAACCCCAAUCUCAGGCAACCCCAAUGAAGUCCUCAGGUACCUGAUGAAUGUGACAUUUGAGGGGCGCAAUCUGUCGUUCAGCGAGGAUGGGUACCAGAUGCACCCUAAGCUUGUCAUUAUUCUGCUCAACAAAGAGAGACAGUGGGACAGG